UUUGAGGAAUAUACAGAAAGAGUCAAUGUGUAUGGAGAAUGUUUACGCAGAGUUAAUAAUGAACUUGCAAGAAAAGAAGAAGAGAAACUGAAAGCAUAUUAUACAAGAGCGUCACAACUUGUAGAAAACGCUUUAGAAGAAAUAAAGAAUUUAAGAAUGGACCUGGUGGAAAAUGCAUCACAUAUUUCUACGACUUCAAGUUCAGAAAGAAGAAGAAGAGGAGAGCAGAAAUUAGAAUACCUGAAGAAGGAAGCAGAACUUCAGAAAGAAAAGCUGAAAUUAGAACAGGAAGAAAUUACCCACAAAGCGGAAGCAGCAAGAAAGAAACAAGAAGUAGAGAUAAAUCUGAAUCUACUCAAACAAGAAAGUGCUGUGAUGAUGGAUGAAGAGGACGAAGAGGAUGAUGUGUCGUUAUCUGUUACAACAGACAAUAGAAAGGACCGAACUAGAAGAUACGUUGAAAACUUGAACUCACAUGAUAAUGACAUUGAACGUGAAGAUGCAGACCUUCGUACUCCGAUUCCUGCCGAAAGUGUUCCAAUUCCCACACCUUAUCGCCCGUCUUAUAUCCAGCGACAACAUUUUGCAGACAAUAGUGCAGCUCAUUUUCCUGUUGAUCCUCCGUCAAAUACAGUUGAAAUACAGAACCCUCAAACCCAGAUGUCAUCUGCGGACUCACAUUUGUCAGAGUUGACAUUAUUCCUCAUGCGAAAACAGCUUGUUCCAGAAAGAUUCUCUAAUUUCGACGAUAAAGUUGAAUCGUACAAUUCUUGGAAAUCUUCAUUUCAAAGCAUUGUGGCUGAAAUAAAAGUGUCAAAAUUUGAAGAGCUUGAAUUGCUCGUAAACCGUCUCUCAGGAAGGUCGAAGGAAGUGGCUUCCAGCAUCCGUAAUGCCAACCCUGGUGAUGCCGACCGUGCUGUCAAACUGAUAUGGGAACGAUUAGACGAGAUGUAUGGUAGACCUGAACUGAUUGAGUCUUCGCUGCGUUCACAAUUAGAGAACUUUCGACAAAUAGGUUCGAGUGAAAAUAGUAGACUAUACGACCUACUGAACAUUUUAAUCAAGAUUGAAUCGUUGAAAACAAACCCCCAGUUUGCCACAAGCUUAGCCUACUAUGAUUCAUCUUCAGGAGUGAACCCCAUUAUCAGCAAGUUACCUUACAGCCUCCAAGAAAAGUGGAUCACUAGAGCAUCUGCCCACAAAAGAACAAAUCAAGUCCCAUUUCCACCCUUUUCCUUUUUUGUUACUUUUCUCAAGGAAAUGUGUGCUAUAAGAAAUGACCCUGCAUUUGCGUAUAGCAGACCAGCAGUUCCUGCUAAUAAGAACAGACCCGUACGUACUCCUAUGGUGCAAAGUCGUAAAUCAGAGGUGACUGACCCUGGACGAGUUGAUCCGAACCGGUGUCCUUAUCACAAGGCUGAUCACAGCAUACAUGACUGUUAUGGUUUUCGUGCAAAGCCACUUACUGAGAGAAAAAACUUUUUACAAAGCAGAAACAUUUGCACAAGAUGUUGUUUGUCAACCCAACACUUACCUAAGGACUGUCAAGUGAGAAUUCAGUGCAAAAUCUGCGGGUAUUCCAACCACGCCACAGCACUACAUGUGGAUAAAGUUUCAUCUUGGAGCCCAAGCAUUCAUGGCGGGGAGGGAAUUCGCAACUCCUUUACACAACCACACUCCUCUGGACCUGGCCAAGCAAACUUACCUUCAACGUCCAAGGUUUCGACAAGUAGUACUGUGACAUCAAAGUGUACGACUUUCUGCGGGGACAGAUUCCAAGGAAAAUCUUGCAGCAAAACCUUUCUUGUGGAUGUGUUUCAUGAAAACAACCCGAACAAUGUGCACCGUAUUUAUGUGAUCGUGGACGAUCAGUGCAAUCAGACACUUGCUUCACCCGAACUGUUAGAUAUCCUGAAUAUCUCUAGUGUACCUACCAAAUUCACCCUAACUACAUGUUCAGGAAAGACAGCUAUGUAUGGCAGAAAUGUUCUCGGACUCAAAGUGCGAUCUAUUGACAAGAACGUUACUUUAGACCUUCCAUCUACUCUCGAAUGCGAGGACAUACCUAACGAUUUAUCUGAAAUCCCAACACCGGAGAUUGCAGAAUCCUAUCAUCAUCUUAGUGUUAUCACAUCUAAGAUUCCUGAGUUUGAUCCAGACUCAAAAGUUCACUUACUGAUUGGCAGAGAUCUACUGGAAGCCCAUCAUGUUGAAGAGCAAAUCCUUGGACCCCGAGGAGCACCGUUCGCACAGAAACUCGUUCUUGGUUGGGCCAUUAUUGGCGAAGUCUGUCUUGGGAGGAUUCAUCAGAGAACGUCCCUUAACGUGAAGAAAGUCUCAGUUUUGAAUGACGGUAGAGUGACAUGCAAUGAACUUUGUCCAAAUCAUUUGCAUAUCAAAGAACAGAUUUCAACUUCUAACAGUUUAGUUUGUGCUCGUGACUUUCGGGGUGAUAAUGUAUUCACAAAGACGCCUGACGAUGACCAAGUUGGUUUAUCAGUUGAGGAUCGUUUGUUCCUAAAGCUUAUGGACAAAACUUUCAAGAAGGACGAGGAAGGUUAUUGGACAGCCCCUCUGCCCUUUAGACAACUUCCUGAAUACUUACCCAACAACAAACCACAAGCAUUUCACCGAGCCCAAAUACUUCAUACAAACUUGCAAAGAGAUCAUGUUAAGAAAGAACAGUUUGUGACAUUCAUGCGUAAAGUACUGGACAGUGGAGCAGCAGAAGUGGCUCCUUCGUCUUCAAAUGCAGUUUGUUGGUAUCUACCGUUAUUUGGAGUUCGCCACCCGAGAAAGCCAGAACAAAUUAGAGGUGUUUUUGAUUCAUCUGCUGUUCAUGAAGGUAUCUCACUCAACAGCCUUCUUAUGUCUGGUCCAGACAUGGUUAACAGCCUAUUAGGAAUCCUACUUCGCUUCAGGAAGGAUGAAGUGGCAAUUACUGCGGACAUUGAACAAAUGUUCUAUCGUUUUCGGGUGGAUGAGGACCAUCGGGACUUCCUACGUUUUUAUUGGUACAGAGAGAAUGAUCCUGACGACAUCCUUGUUGAAUACAGAAUGCGUGCACACGUAUUUGGCAAUAGUCCAUCGCCUGCCAUAGCAACUUACGGAAUCCGCAAGACAGUAGAGAAUGCUGAUGAAGAUUUGAAGGACUUUGUGAAUCGUAACUUUUAUGUUGACGACGGACUCAUUUCCUUGCCUGAUGAAGCCAGCGCUAUCGACCUCAUGAAACGCACCCAGUCCAUCAUGAAGUCAGAAGGUAGAUUAAGACUACACAAAAUUACCUCUAAUAAACUGGCAGUGAUGGAAGCAUUUGAUCCAAGUGACCAUGGUGAACAACUCAAGGAGUUUGACGACGACGAUUUGGUCCAUAGAAGCCUUGGUCUCUGUUGGAACCUGAAAGAUGACACAUUUAGAUUUACAGUGCCAGUGAAGGAAAAGCCAUUCACUCGACGUGGUCUAUUGUCAACGGUGAAUAGUUUAUUUGACCCCAUAGGAUUUAUAACACCCAUUACUAUAAGUGGAAAGAUCCUCCUUCGAGAUGCAACACCCCCUGGUGUAGACUGGGAUGAACCCUUACCCUCCAGCUACCUUCAGAAGUGGACAGAGUGGCAGUCUUCACUUCAGAGCUUAAAAGAAGUCGCCAUACCACGGAUGUUAUCGCACAUGUCUGUGAGCCUAGCCAAGACUGCUGAAGUUCAUAUAUUUUGCGACGCAUCUGAAAAAGCUAUUGGAGCAUCAGCAUAUAUUAAAGUGGAAGAUGACCAAGGCCGCAACAGCGUUAGGUUCUUGAUGGGCAAGGGCAAGCUAGCCCCACCUAGAGGUCACACUAUUCCACGCUUAGAGCUCUGUGGAGCUGUUCUGGCAACAGAACUUGCAGAAAUAAUAUCCAUACAGCUAGACAUCUCAUUGGACUCUAUGCAUUAUUACACAGACAGCAAAGUUGUGCUGGGAUAUAUCAGCAAUCGUACUCGUCGUUUUUAUACGUAUGUGAGUAAUAGAGUGGACCGCAUUCUGAAAAUCUCCACUGCUGAUCAAUGGAAGUAUGUUCCUACAGACAAGAAUCCUGCCGAUUCCUGCACCAGAUGUAUCACUUCAGUCAUUGAUAUCAUGCAGCUUCCUUGGAUAAUUGGCCCACAGUGGUUAAGCAAUACAAGUACAUCAGAAUGCACUGGUACCUCGGAGUAUUUUCCACUCAUUGAACCUGAUUAUGAUGCGGAAGUUAGGCCACUGAUGACAAAGAUCACCACCAACCAUCUUUCCCCGGUGCCUGCUUGUCUCGGAACAAAGCGCUUUGAGCGUUUUUCUAGCUGGAAGUCUCUGGUUUCCGCAAUCGCAUCUCUUCAACGCAUAGUUUGGAAUCGACGCGAUGGAUAUCAUGACACCAAACCCAUUAGCCAGUGUGAUGCCCUCAGAAAAGCUGAGAUUCUCAUUCUGAAGGAAACUCAGCAAGAACACUUUACUACAGACAUUAAAUGCCUGGCCAAUGAUAAACCUCUGGCAAAGAACAGCAGUAUUGCGACACUUUCACCCUAUCUUGAUGAGAAUGGGCUACUUCGUGUUGGAGGCAGGAUCAAUCGAGCAGCCGGACAAAUACCUGCAAGAGAAGUCAACCCUAUUAUCCUACCUAAAGCUAGCCACAUUUCCACCUUACUUAUUCGUCACUUUCAUGAACAAACCAAGCAUCAAGGAAGACUUAUUACGGAAGGAGCUCUGCGCACAGGAGGAUAUUGGCUCAUUGGCGCCAAACGAUUGAUUUCUUCUCUCAUACACAAGUGUGUGACUUGUCGUAAACUAAGACGCAGUUUAGAAACUCAGAAAAUGGCUGAUGUUCCUACAGACAGGAUAACCCCAGGACCCCCCUUUACAUCAGUCGGCAUUGAUGCCUUUGGACCCUGGCAGGUGGCUACACGCAAAACUCGAGGAGGUGCCGCUAACAGCAAAAGAUGGGGAAUCAUCUUUACAUGCCUAUUUUGUAGGGCAGUGCAUAUAGAAAUUGUAGAGGAGAUGUCAAGUUCUUCAUUUAUAAACGCCUUCCGUCGUUUCUUGGCAAUCCGUGGCCCUGUGAAGUUUAUACACUCUGAUAGAGGCUCCAAUUUUAUCGGAGCAGCUGAAGAAAUGAAGAUGAAUACAGUAAAGGUAGAGGAAGGACCCGUUCAAGAAUUCUUGCGCAACUCUGGAAUUACUUGGAUAUUCAAUGUUCCUCAUGCUUCACAUAUGGGAGGCAUCUGGGAAAGAAUGAUAGGGAUGACCAGAAAGAUUUUAGACUCUAUGCUACUUGAAUCCAGAUCCAAACCCCUCACACAUGAAACUCUUGCUACCUUUUUAUGUGAAGUCUGCGCCAUUAUUAAUUCGCGCCCAAUUGUUCCAAUAUCGACAGACCCAGAGAUGCCCAUGAUUCUUAGUCCGUCCAUGCUUCUGACAGGAAAAGUGGAUUUCUUACCUGUUGUGUCCGAUUCCUUGAAUCUUCCAGACAUCUAUCGAGCGCAAUGGAAGCAUGUGCAGGUGCUCGCUGAUAUCUUUUGGCGUCAUUGGAGGAGGGAAUACCUGAGCAUUCUACAAACCCGCCGUAAAUGGAAGCAUGAACAUCGCAACCUGAAUCCUGAUGAUGUUGUACUUAUUCGAGAUUCUUCGGAGCAUCGGAACAAUUGGCCAGUCGGCAUUGUCUCGAGAGUUUUUAAGAGUGAAGAUGACUUAGUCCGGAAAGUUGAGGUUAGAACCAUCCGUGACGGGAAACCUACCUUCUAUACCAGACCAGUGCAAGAACUUGUCGUGUUGUUAGAGUAAUAGUCUAGUCGAACCUUGUCAUCGAUUGUUUAUUGUAUUAUUUUUCUUUACUAAAUGUAAUAGUGGUAUCAGUAAGAUACCAGACGGGGAGUGUGCUGUAAUCAAACAAGAGUUAUGCCCCUUUUUUAUCUUUGUUGUACGAGUUAUCUAAUGUUUUUGUAUUUUGGAACUCUUCAAUGUUUUCGUUGAUCCAACGUUUUACCUAGUCGAAAUACACGAGGUGCUCCACCUUCGUUUUCUUGAUUUUGCUAUCCUAGCCUGCUCAAAAUGUAAGACUGAUUAUAUAAACUCAUAGUUAUGAAUAUCCCUGUUUCUUAGAUUGCUUUUUAUGUGUAAAUCAACUCUUUUUAAUCGAACACGGUUUAAUAUUUUAAUCGAUACUUUGGCGGCCAUUUUUAAAUGUGCUAUUUCUGUAUAUUUAGUAUCAACAAUUUGUUUUAAAAGUUUCUGGUUUAUUGAUAGAUCUUGAAUUUAUUAAGUUUUCUGAAUAUGUAAUUUCUCUCUAUUAACUCUUAAAGAUAGCUUGCUAGAAUAUAAAUGCAUGUGACUGUGUGUGUAUUGUAUGACAUGGUAUUGUAAUGCUGUCUUUAUUUGUGUUCUAUUUUUUGUUACAGCCUUUUACCAUAUGUUGGCACACGCUUUAUCAAUAAAGCU